UGGCCCGCGUAAGGAAGCGGCGCUGCGGCCACACAGGGCUGUGACCGAUUAAUGAAGGGAUCGCCGGCGCGGCCGUUGCCGGGCGACGGGCGGGACCGCGGCGGGGCCGGGCCCGGGGCUCUCGGAGGGCAGGACGGCGGCCUCGGGCACCGCGAAGCGGCUGCGAGACGCCGCCGCCAUGUCGGGGGCAGGCGCGGCCGACCGGGUGGUGCAGAAUGAGCUGCAGGAAGCGAUUUCUGCUCAUGCAUCAAGUGAGCAAACAGAUGAAUACUCGGACGACUUUGAGAGUGAUGAAGAUGGCAUGUUAAAUGGUAUUGAUGAAGAACUUACUGAAGGUAAUUCAGGUGCUGCAAGCACUGGUAAAUCCGUUGUUGUUGAGAGUCCUCUCUUGAAUGAUGAUGCUUCACAAAAACUAGCAGAUUUGGAAAAUGAAGCUGCUGAUGACUUGACUUUAUCCUUUCAUGAAAAGAAACUUAAGAAAAUAAUGGUUUUAGAAGGUGAUAAUAUACCAGAUGACAGAAAAGAUGGUAAAGAAGAAUGUUUGGAAGGUCAAAAUGAGGGUAAUGACAGAAAAAAUAAUGAAGUGCUUUCAGCUGCUGAAGAAGUACCCUGUGAUAAUAGUGAAAGUGAUGACUUGCCUAUUCAUGAACUACAUAAAAAAAGAACUCAAGAGGAAAAGCAACCAACAGCAAAACCACGGCUGCACAAACAAAGAAAUGCUUCAGCAUCAGAUCAAGAUCAGAAGACUGUCAACACCAGUGACUUGAAACUGGAGGACAACAAUAGAAAAUCUCCUUCUGUGAUAGAACAAAUGAUGACCACAGUGUAUGAGAAGACAAGGGAAUUGGAGAACCCAACAGCUGACAGUUCAGAUGGAACAGUGAAAAUAGCAGAAGGGCAAAUAAUAACUGAUACAAUGCAGGAGAUAUCAAUGAAUGGUCAAUCUGAACAUAGGGAGGCAAAGAAUGCAUCAAAGAGCUCUGUCAAGAAGCCAAGUGAAACAAAGGAGAGUGUUCUACAAGACUCAAAGGCUUCUUUAUCUGACAGGUCUCCAUCUUCUGUACACCUAAAAACAAAGGUGAAGGCUGUUCCAUCAGCUACACCUGUUUUAUCUCAAUGUCUGGGAACAUUAAACCUGUUGGAGAAUAAAUGCGUGGAGAAGAAAAGAACAGAAUUUGACAAAGCAGAUAAUUUAAGAGCAGCUGUUUUUCAGAAUUGGUUGGAAAAGAAAAAGCUCUUUCUAAUGGAAUUAAAGAGAACUGAAAAGGAGAAAGCUGAAAAUCUCAGAAACGAUACUGAAAAGAAAGAAGCACUUAGAAGAGAGGAAUCAAUUGCAUGUUUUGAAGCCUGGAAAGAAAAGAAAGCAAGAGAAGCAAAAAAGUUAAGUGAAAAAAAGAAGCUUGAGGAAAAAACCCCAGCAGAACAGAAUAAAGAGAAAACAGAAGCAGCACAGGCAUUCAAAAGAUGGAAAGAAAAAAAAGUGGAAUAUUUAAGAGAGCAAAGCAGAAAGGAAAAAGAAUCUGAAAGAAUCAGGAAGGAGAAAGAAGAGGAACUGAUUGCAGAGAAGAGGAGAAUCAGCAUAUCAGCAGUUGAAAAAUGGAAUGAAAAGAAGGAAGAAUAUAUAAAAAAGAAGAAAGUAGAAAAAUUCCUAGAGAGGAAAAAGCAAGAAAUGCAACAGGCAAAGAAGGAAGAAAAAAAUGAAAAGGCUAUGGAGGAGUAUGAAAGAUGGCUGAAAGGCCAGACGGUGGCAACAUUGCAUAGCUUGUCCUCCAGAAUUCGUGAGCAAAAUGAUGGUAAAAGGCAACCAUCUCUGAAGGGCCAACUCACCACAGCACAAAACCUGCAAAGCCAAACAGCAUCCCUGGCUGCAACAGUGAGUGCAUGUACAUUCAAGGAAGCAUUGAAAGUGGAGACUUGUAUACCUACAGCUAGAAAACAAAGAGAGGAGAGAGGAGCUUGAGAAGAAGCAAAGGAAGUUGCAGUCUGUCCAUGGGAAUGAAAUGAGUCCUCCCUGGAGGCCACCUGGCAAAGUCACAUAUUCAGGGAAUUACUGAGAAGUUUAUUGCCUUGUGGAAGAAAACAUAGUCCACAAAGUUCUGACAAUGGCUAGUCGCUAUUUCAUUAACAGUUGAUUUUCACUGGAUCCAUUGUAGGUGUUACAUUCUUUCUUUUUAGUUUAUUUGAUCUCUACAGUUUAAAUAAAUCACUUGUCUCUUUCCA